ACAAAUGUUGUUCUGCAAUCGGGCCGACGUUCUUGCUUUGACAAAAACAGAGCCACAAUGCGCAUCACUUUCUGUAGCAUCGUGUGCUUCGCAGUGUACGCGUCUGGAGCAUUCUUGCUUCAUGAUGGCAUACCGUCUAAAGCUGCGAACGUGACUGACAAGCGCACUACUACACAGACUAUGGGCGACAUGCUGAACGAGAGAAGGCUAGCGUCCUCUCACAGACACACCCCUGGUGGCUUUGUCGACAAAACCCUUCACCCAAAACGAUAUGAUAAAUUCGUUAAGAUGCACUUCAGAAGCACGGAAAGAGGCGCGGAACGCAGUCCAGCUGGAGAGGCAAGCCGCAAGGAAACGCAUAAAGGAACGUCUGCUUCAGAGGACUGUGCAGAAGAGGAAAAACAAAUAGAUGCAGCGGAGCAAAAAGUUCAGGAUGCUCGUGCUCAGCUCGAGAAGCAUCACAGAGAACCGGCGCAGAAGAAGGCAGAGCAUCUGCAAGACCGGGCUAAAAAGAUAUCGAGGGAGGCGGAGGAGGAGGAGGAAGCAGAGGAAGAGGCGGAGGAGCACCACGACAGUGAAGCAGAAUCAAACUCACACGAUGUGUUCUUACGCACUCCACGGACUUGAACAUUCUGACAUUACACUCAUCGCUGUGAGGGACAUUUCCUCGUUAUCUCUAUGUGUCUAUGACAGACUGCUGCUCAGGGCAACUGAUGUGAUGUGCUUUGUUUCUUGUGAAACGCUUUUAUCCGCAGUGAGGAGUGUACGGAGUCGGGUUCCUAGAUACUUCGACUACUCGACCAUGUCAUCUUUUUUUGUCCAAGUCACGCCUCAAUGCGCCCAAACAUUAUCUGAAAGUGGACUCUCCGUACUCGUCAACUAAAGAGC